AGCUCUUCGCUCUGCUCCCAUUACUAAUCCACGUUUCCACUACGCUCUCUACUUUGCAGUCCUUCUUCGGCCGGUCGUACAACAAUCUGUCCUCCAUAUCGGACUGCAAGAACAACGGCGAGUGCAUCAUCAACAAGAAGAACCGCACGGCCUGCAAGGCGUGCCGCCUGAAGAAGUGCCUCAUGGUGGGCAUGUCGAAGAGCGGCUCGCGCUAUGGCCGCCGCUCCAAUUGGUUCAAGAUCCACUGCCUGCUGCAGGAGCAGCAGCAGCAGGCGGUGGCUGCCAUGGCGGCGCACCACAACAGCCAGCAGGCGGGCGCGGCGGGCAACGCGGCCAUCGGUGGUGCCUCCAACGGCUGUGUGAAGCCGGGCGGACCCGCGUCCUCGGCAGCGGCUGCGGCGCUGGGCAUGCUGGGCCAUGCGACGGGCGGCUACCCGGGCCUGUACGCAACGGGACCUCCGCGCAGCAAGGAGGAGCUGAUGAUGCUGGGCCUGGAUGCCAGCGGCGACUAUGGCGGCAUCAAGCAUCCAGCGCUGGUCGCCUCGCCGUCGGUCAGCUCGCCGGACUCGCACAACUCGGACAGCUCCGUGGAGGUGAGCAGCGUGCGUGGCAACUCGCUGCUGCAGCUGCAGGGCGCGGGCAAGCAGAGCGCCGGCGGCGAUGCCGGCCAAGCGGUGCAGGGCGGCACAGCGCCCGGGCGACCGCCACAGCUGCGCAAGGAUCUGGCUCCGUUUUUGCCAUUGCCGUUCCCGGGUCUCGGCUCGAUGCCCGUGAUGCCACCGCCCGCAUUUCUGCCGCCCUCACACCUGCUCUUCCCCGGCUACCAUCCUGCGCUCUACUCCCAUCACCAGGGCCUGCUGAAGCCCACGCCCGAGCAGCAGCAGGCGGCGGUGGCUGCUGCGGCGGUGCAGCACUUGUUCAACUCGAGCAAUGCGAGCGGGCAGCGCUUUGCACCCCAGCUGCACGCCUCGGCGCCCUUUGGCCACGCCGGCCUCAAAGAGGAGUCCGCUCUCAGUCCCAACCACAGCAGCAGCAACAGCAACAACAACAACAAUUUGCUGCCCAAUGGCAGCAGAACAGCGACGAGUGCUGCGGACGAGCUGACGAAGCGCUUCUACCUAGAUGCCGUGCUCAAGUCGCAGCAGCACAGUCCGCCUCCGCUGGCGACGAAGCUGCCGCCGCACAGCAAGCAGGACUACUCCAUAUCGGCGCUGGUCACGCCCAACUCGGAGAGCGGGCGGGAGCGCGUGAAGAGCAGGCAGAGCAACGGCGAGGCGGACGAGGAGGAGCGCGGAACGGGCACAGGCAGCGACAAGGCGGCCGACGAGGAGCUGGAGCUGCAACUGGAGCCGGAGGAGGGGGAUGAGGAUGAGGAGGAUCUGGUGGUGUCCAUGACGCCGCCGCGCUCUCCAGCCCAACAGCAGUCGGAGCAGCAACUGGCGGAUGGGCAAGCAGCAGCCCAGGACAAUCCCAUUGACUUGAGCAUGAAGACCACGGGCAGCUCCGGCUCCAGUUCCCGGAGCUGCAGCAGUAUUAAGAGCAGCUGCACGCAGCUCGAUGCCGACAACUGCAGCGAUAAUGAGCCAGCUGCUGAGAGGGAGCCAGCUGCGGAUGGGGUGCUACGAGCAACAGCCCUCGACGAGGAGGACGCCGACGAGCAGGAGUCCACGGAGGCUGAGCUCGAGGAUAACAGCACCACGGAGACGGUCAAGACCAGCAUAGAGCAAACCCAAAACUUGAACAACAACAACAACAACAACAAUACUAACAACAAUAACAACAACAACAACAAUAGCAACACCAGUGAUAAUGAGGCCAACGAUAGCAUCAAACGCAAACUGAACGAGCUGCUGCAGGAGUCGAACGGCUCGAAGCGUUUGCGCCUGAGCUCCCCGCCCGCAGCCGAAUUGCCCGUGAAGCUGGCCACUUCGACGGCCCUCGAUUUAACCAACAAGGUUUGAUCGAUAGGCGCGCAAACUUAGACAAAAUGGCGACAGUUUGCCGCUAGGCGUAACACUAUGCAACAAAGUAUGGGCGCGAAUGUAGAAGAGAUUUCCAUUAAAGUUAAAAUUUAAAU